GGUUGCGCUCUACACCACGUGACGCGAUUCCUGGAAAGUUCUUGGAAAUCGGUAUUUUGUGUGUAGCUGUGGGUUUAAUGGGGAUUUGGUUAUUAAAAACACAUACCGAAGGAAAGGGAUUCAACGCCGCGGAAAAGACUCAUUGGGAUCUGUACCAAAAACAAGACAUUCUGCAUGUCCCCUUUCUUUAGGGAGAAGUGGUUUUGAAUUAUCAUCGGUAGUCGUUUGGUGCUGGAUCCACUCGCAAAUAGGACGAUACAUACAAUUCAAGAAGAAACUUGCAGAAGAAACUGGUUUUGCGACUGUGGGGAAACUGCCUGUCUUCUGUGGAAUAUUUUUUGCAUUUGUCGGAUGACUUUUGGCCUACGGCUGGGCAAUUUCGGGUGGUUCCCCAAUGACCUGCCACUCACCCGAAUCCACGGAGACCAUCGAAAACGAGAGAAGAACGGAUACCGAGUCACGAGUUGUAGAUUCCGACGAGACACGCAUCGCUCAGACCAUGAAAGACCUUAAAAAUACAGGCUGGUACUGGGGCAGCCUGACUGCCAACGAAGCCAAAGAGAUUCUCCAGGAUGCAUCAGAGGGCACCUUCCUGCUGCGAGACAGCUCCCAGAGGGACUACCUGUUCACCAUCUCUGCCAUGACCUCYGCCGGCCCAACCAACUUGCGCAUCGAGUACAAGGAGGGGAAGUUUAAACUGGACUCGGUGGUGCUGAUCAAGCCCAAGCUCAAACAGUUUGACAGUGUGGUGCACCUGGUGGARCACUAYGUGCAGCUGUCCAGGACUACCAGUAAARGUGCGUUGUCAGGGGCGUCGCAGUCCCUGGCCCCACCCAACGGGACRGUUCAGCUGCUWCUGACYAAGCCUGUGUACACUGCCACGCCCUCUCUACAGCACCUGUCCCGGAUCGCCAUCAACAACGCCACCAGGCAGGUGCAGGAGCUGCCUUUACCCAACAGGCUAAAGAACUACCUGACGGACUACAGCUACAAUGUAUAGUAGGACUACAAAUCCCAGAUGUGGUGUGGGAUAGAGAGCACUGCACCUGCCAUGUAGUGGCUAUCACCCAGUCUGAAGUCUACCUUUAGCCCCAACCACUAGACAUGGCUUGACGGCCCCCGUACUUCUGGAAGGAUUGAUGUUGUGCAAUAUGGUUAGAGCCAAGUCAGUCAACUAGUCCUCAGGAAGCUAGGUGGAAUUUCUCCCAUAUUACUACACCCUUCCAGUUCAUUUAGAGCUACAGUUGUUCAUCAAAAAGGGCUUAGAAGUUGGAGCUAAGGGUUGAUUUCAGACCCGGGUCAUGUUCAUAAUCUUUGAAACUGCUGCAAUUUUUUGUUCAAGUGGUGGUAUACCCUGCCUGCAGACCAGCUCAGGUAACAGUGUUUCAGACCCUUCUGAACUAGACUCAGGAGGGGUGGCAGUUAGCACACUUUUUUUUUUUUUUUUUUUUUCCCUUGUUUCAAAGCUUUGUUACUUUUCAUAAUCUGCCUCAUGUCUGUGACAUGAGCAUGUGACACGGUGUCCACUUUCAUUCUGAAUUAUGUUUUAGUUUGUUCAUAUUCUAUUUUUUUUGUACUGUAAUCAUAAGGCUGGGGUGUCAAACUACAUGUAGGGGAACUAACUACUACAUUUUUCAGUAGCUUGGAGGUAGUUUCAAAUCUUGGUAGUAUUUUCAGUGGUUUCAGUGGUUAAUUACUUUUUUUCGUGUAGCUAACUACUGGAACUACACACAACCCCUUUUUUUGUGUAAUAUUGGCCAGAAUUUCUUUUUUUGCAUCAGACCUACUUAAUUAUCACUUGAAAGCGUUUUGGUGUUUAAUAGGGCUGAAUAUUUGACUCCAGGGUGAUUUUUCACGUAGUAGUUUGGAUGUAGUGAACACAUUUUUCAAAAUCACUUUAGUUAAGUAAGCUAUAAGAGUAGCUUCUUCCAGUGCGACGUACUUGGUAAACUAUUUUCAGACUAGCUUCCCCAACACUGAGAAUUAUAUAUAUUUUUUUUCUCACUCAGUUCAGAUUUUGGUUUUGAUAAAGCACAAGCAAUUUACAGGCUUCAAAUCUGACGUUGGUUUCUCUCACACUGUCUCACUCUGCCGCCUCCUGCUAAGAGGUUAAAAAUAAUUACUUUCAGGAAGUGCUCAAACCUGGAUGUUGCUCCCACUAGGCAUCAAGUGUUCUGUGAAACAUCUACUUCAUCACUGCAUUUUCUUUCAAUAGAAAAUGCCCUUGAGCAAGUCAAUGCUCACACCUCAGAACUAGACCUUUAUUAGACACAGGCUGUAUCUAAUGUCUAGCUAUUAUGGCUGUGUUAAAAGGAAUUAGCUUUCCAAGCGCAUAUUGGAUGUUCGCCCAGGGGUUUUCAUUGGAUCAACGUGAAUCUUAUUUUAAUCAACAAUUUUGGAAGUAUUUAUUGAUUGUUCUACUGUGUUUCCUAUUAAAGUUACAAAUAAAUCCUGAAAGCAUGUUUUA